AUCGUUGUUAGAGCCUUUUGGAGUCGCCAUUACUGGAGCUAUUGUUACUGGAGUCGUGCUACUAGAGUGCCAUUAGUAGAAUGGAGUCGUGUUACUAGAGUUACUAUUAGUGGAAUUAAGUUGCGUUUCUUGUUUCCUGCUGUG